AUGUCGCUGGAGUUUGCAAAAGCUUGGGUUUGGUUGGAGUUUACAGAGGCAACAUUGCCACUAGAAGAAGCUACAGGAAUGGCAAUGUCACCAGAAGAAACUACAGGAAUGGCAUCGUCGGCCAUGAGAAAGAACAAGCAACAACAAAACAUGCUACACAAACCAACUGUCAGAUCGUAUGUCCUUAUUCCUCCUUUUCCGAGUAGAUUGACAAAAUUUAAGAAUGAGGAGGAAAAUAAGGUGAUCCUUAAAAUAAAUAUUUCGCUCCUUAAAACCAUUAAAAAAGUACCACCAUAUGCUAAGCUUCCUAAGGAGUUGUCCACAAAUAAAAGGAAACAUAAGGGUGAUAAAAAGAUAAGUGUGGGGGAGAAUGUCUCUGUUGUUCUUCAAAGGAAGUUGCCACCCAAGUGUAAGGAUCCUGACAUGUUUACAAAUCCAAACACUAUCAGUAAAACCAGGUUUGAUCAUUGUAUGAUAGAUUUAGGAGCAUCUAUUAAUGCUAUGUCUUAUUCUAUUUGUGCUUCUUUAAAUCUCUGGUCAUUAAAAGAAACUAUUGUUAUUAUUCGAUUAGCUGAUCGCACUAAUGCUUAUCCCCUAAGGGUAGUUGAAGAUGUUUUGGUGCAGGUUCAAUUUGGGAGGUCAUUCCUACUGAUUACAAGUACAAAGUUGGAUAUCAAAGCACGAGUACUUACAAUAGAAUUUGAUGGUGAAGUUAUACAGUUUGAUAUGUUGAAUUCUAUUGACAAGUAUAGGAAGAAGAAAGUUCUGUUAAAUGACCCACCAUAA